AUUGCAUGUCCCUCCCAGUAUAUGACUGACUUGAUGCGAACUAGGACACUUUUUCACCUUCUCCUUACUGAGGAACCUGUUUGGAAAUGAACACUAACUUUUGAACUAACUACAAUUUGGUUUAAUCCUCAAGGACAUCAGGCCUGGACAGUAAGAUGCAUCUCUCCUCCCUUCUGUUAUGCCUGAGUUUGGGGGCGUUGGUGAAAUGUGCUGCUGGAAGUGAAUGGUGCUACACUGGCUGCGAGCACAGCCCGGCCCACUGGGGAGACAUCUCCGGUGCUUCCUGUGGAGCAAAAAGGCAGUCUCCUAUUGAUAUAGACACAGGACUUGUUAAGACUGACCCUCAGCUGCUUAACUUUACCUUCCUCAACUUCUCCUCUCAGCACGUCAUCAAGUCCAUCGUAAACACUGGACAUACAGUGAAAUGCAUAUUGGAGGAGAAUGAAGUUGAAGUGAGUGGAGGUGGACUUAAUGGAACAUAUUCUACGAUUCAGUUUCACUUUCACUGGGGCGACACACAACAUCAUCCAGGUUCAGAGCACAUGGUUAACGGCCACAGAUAUCCAAUGGAGAUGCACAUAGUCAGUCUGAAGAAAGGUCGCACUGUGCCGGAAGCCAUAGAGGAUUCAGAGGGAAUUGCUGUUCUCGGGUUUUUCAUAAAUGCAACAGAAGACGGAGAUCUGUCAGGACCAUGGAGCAACCUCACAUCUUACGUGACAAACAAUGACACCAAGGUUUAUAUAAACGAUAGCAUCUCUAUCAAUGACCUGAUUGGAGACGUAGACCUCACAAAGUUCUAUCGGUACAUGGGCUCCCUGACCACCCCCAACUGCAGUGAAGCAGUCGUGUGGACGGUCUUUCAAGAGCCAAUCAAUGUCAACAAAAUUCUGACUCAACGGUUUCCCAUGAAGGCAGGAGUCACCAAUGUUUAUCGGCCUGCACAACCUCUUAAUGGACGUCACGUGUAUGCUUCACCUGCAACUCCUUUACCACCCAGUCAUCCAUGGUGCUAUGAUGAUCACUGUGCGUUCAAGCCGUCUAAGUGGCACAGUAUUCCUCACGCCUACUGUGGCGGCGAGCGCCAGUCACCCGUCAACCUUGUGACGAGUAGCGCUGUGGUGGACAAGAUGCUCGACAAGUUCACCUACACAAAGUUUGAUGACAAACAUGCCAUCAAGUACAUCAUUAACACAGGCCACACAGUGAAGUGUGUCCUGAAGGACGAUAUGGUGGAGGUCUCAGGUGGAGGUUUGGGAUACGUCUACUCCACCCUCCAGGUCCACUUCCACUGGGGCGCCGCAUCACAUGACUCUGAGGGCUCAGAGCACACAGUGGAUUCAAAGAGAUACCCAAUGGAGAUGCACAUAGUGAACAAGAGGAAGGAUUUAACUCUGGAUGAGGCAGUAAAGGCUCCUAACGGUCUGGCAGUACUGGGAUUCUUUAUUGAGGCUAAGGAUGCUUCCAAAAGUGGGAGCAGCAGCAGCAGCAGUUCAUCAGAGACACAUCCCACGUCUGCAAAGGACGCCUGGACAAAACUGACCAGCUACCUUUCACAUAUUCAAAACAUCAGUUCAAAAGUUGACGUCACAGAAGAGAUCUCCAUUGAUGACUUGCUUGGCAACGUGGACCGAACUUCAUACUACCGCUACAAUGGCUCCUUAACCACCCCUUCGUGUAAUGAAGCGGUGGUGUGGACGGUCUUUAAAGAGUCUGUCAAGAUGGACCAAGACCUGAUGAUGAUGUUCCCGACCCAGGCAGGAUAUCACAACGUGUAUCGGCCUACACAGACUCUUAAUACCAGGACAGUCUUCACCUCAGCAGCAUCCAGCGUCCCUGUUCCCAUCAUACUGCUCCUGCUGCUGGCAUGCCUCUCUGCCUUUUCAUACAACUCGCACUUGUGAGAAGGUCAGCUAACCGGAACUGCUGUGAAGAAGUACAUUGCACUAAUUAUCAUUCCCAAUAAUUGUUAGCGAAAUAAGUGGUGUUUCAUUGGUGAUUUACACUUACAUACAUUUUUAGAAUGCAAUUAUAUAAUCUCAUAAUCAAGAUUACUGUACACAAACAUCACUUCUUUAGAUAUGUAUUAAAGUGGGGUGGGUACCAUUUGCUUUGCUUUAUCAAAACAUAUAUAAUAGAAUUUGAAUCACAACAAUAAAUUACAUCUAAUGGUAAUUCAAGACUAUCUAUUAUGCUAGACCACUAAUUACAGUUCUUGACCAUACAGAAGUUGCAAAAAUGUAUUAUUGCAUUGAGUGUUCUUGUGCUUUUAUCAGUAGAGAAUGUACUGUAUUAUUAACACAAAAAUAAAUAAUUAUAUUGAUACUG